AUCAUGCAGCAGACGUGUUCUCUUCCAACAUUUGUCUCGUUUUCGUAGUUCGCUGGUUCGUGUUUAAGUAGUUCGUGCUUUUUGAGAUUUUGUUAACAUUUUUUAUUUUAAAUAUAGAAACGUCCGUGUAAAAUUGUAAAAGAAAGUAAGGCUUUUUCACUCAAGCCAUAACUAUAGCUUUUGCUCCAUUACGUCAAAGUUCCGGGAAACUGACGAAAAUUCUAAACACAAACAAAAAUGAAUAUCCCCAACGAAUACAUUUCGAAAACGGAGGAUGUGGCGGAUCAGGUGAUUCGUCGCGGUAAAAAUAUCCUGCCCACAGUAGCACGUCUGUGUUUAAUCGCAACAUUUUUCGAAGAUGGCUUGCGUAUGUACUUCCAAUGGAACGAGCAACGUGAAUAUAUGGACAUGAGUUGGGGCUGUGGCAAAUUUUUAGCGACAGUUUUUGUACUUGUGAAUUUAUUUGGACAACUGGGUGGCUGUGCGAUGGUAAUUACUAGGUUUAAAGUCGAGAUUGCUGUUGGUGUGCUCUUCUUCAUUGUUGUGCUACAGACAAUCGCUUAUUCUAUACUUUGGGAUAUACAAUUCUUGUUACGUAAUCUUGCAUUAAUUGGUGCACUGCUAUUGGUAUUAGCGGAGUCGCGUGUGGAAGGUCGUAGCCUUUUCGCUGGUGUUCCAUCGCUUGGUGAGAAUAAACCGAAGAAUGUUAUGCAGCUCGCUGGUCGUAUUCUGCUUGCAUUUAUGUUUAUUACGCUUAUUCGUUUCGAAAUGAGCUUCCUGCAGAUUUUGUUAGAUAUCGUCGGUUCGACUUUGAUGGUGUUAGUUACCAUCGGUUAUAAAACAAAAUUGUCCGCACUCAUACUCGUAGCACUAUUGACUGUUUUGAAUUUAUACCAUAACGCGUGGUGGACCAUUCCUUCCUAUAAGCCACUUAGAGAUUUUUUGAAAUAUGACUUUUUCCAGACACUCUCCGUCAUUGGCGGUUUGUUAAUGAUUGUAUCACUAGGUCCCGGUGGUGUUUCCAUGGACGAACAUAAAAAGAAAUGGUAGACUUUGCUGAGGCAAUUUGGAGCAUACCCAUGCACUGGAGAGAAAAUCAUUAUUUUUAUUAUUUUAUAUAAAUGUAUUUCUUUUUGUUUCAUAAAUUAGACAACUUUUUAUAAUAACAAACGAUAAAACCAUAAAAUGGGAAAAAUUAUGAUAAAAGUAAAUAAAACAAAGAAAGAAACAAAUUAAAACAAAAACAAUGUAGGAAAUUAUCAAAAGGAGUAUGGAGUAUGAGAGAAUUUGCGAAUUUAUAAUACAGAGAGCAAAAACAUGUUCUAAUGAAUGUUUUCAAUGACCCAAUUAAAUGCAAAACGAUGCUUCUUAUACUUUCCUAUUUGUAAAGUAAAUUAUUUAUAUACAAAUUAAGAAGUUAAGUUUUAUGUUCGUCAAUAACAGUUCGAAAAGUUAAGCUUAUUCAGGUUGUGGUAUGUACUUCUUCAGCUAUGUUCGCUAAUUUUACCCAUACAAAUAUUUAUGUAAAUAAAUAAAUCAAUAGACUUACUUCAAUAGCCGAAAAGAAAAACAGCUUAUAUUUAAGUAAUUCAAUAUUUCCAAUUUUUCAAAACUCGUUUGAUAAAGAUGUAUGAUACUUUUUUUUUACAAAGAUUUCCUUUUAUUUCUACUAAUUUUUGAAAAGAAACUAUGAUGGAAAACAUUUACUCAAGGGAAUUAUUUUCUUAAAAAUAAAGUCAAACUGAAAGAAA